AUGUACAUCAACACUUUGGUCCUCGCCGUAUUAGUCCCUCUAAAUACCGUACAAGCUUUCAACCUCACCUCCACUACACCACCACCCCAACACACACCCAACAGCUCCCACCAAACCGCCACCACUCUCCUCACUUGGGCCCGAUCCAAGCUUCCCAGCACCACCAAACGAACCUCCUGCCCCCCAGUCUGGUCCACCAUCUCCACAGCCCUCACCGCGCAAUUCCUCGCAGACGGCCAAUGCACAGAUGCCGCUCGCGCCGCCAUCCGCGCCGCCUUCCACGACUGUUUCAACGGCGCUUGCGACGGCUCGCUCAUCCUUGCCGAUGAGUGCGCGAAUGCGGAGAAUAGCGGAUUGCAGCAGUUGUGUAGUGCGCUGUUGAAUAUAUCAAUAGAGAACCAAGUUGGUGUGGCAGAUCUGAUUCAGUUCGCCGCCGCCCACGCUAUCAAAACUUGCCCCGGUGGUCCUACCGUCCCUGUCGUGGUUGGCCGUAGGGAUGCCAGUGAAGCGAAUUCUCAGGGUGUGUUGCCCCAUGGAGAUGCACUGGGUGGGGAUUUAGUCACUUUGUUUGCAUCCAAAGGCCUCACCCCGACCGACCUCACCGCCCUCAUUGUGCGGGCAGUGCGCCGUUUACCCUUGCCGCGGAUGGAAAUCUUGCGCGGGAGCCAUCGACGGCGGGGCCGUGGGCAACUUUUGCAGCGAGCAAGGCGGCGUGGGACGAGGCGUUUGUGA